GUUUUCACUGGUAUCUUUGCUGGUGAGAUGUUUGCCAAGCUGGCUGCCAUGGAUCCAUACUACUACUUCCAGGAGGGCUGGAAUUGUUUUGACAGCUUCAUCGUGACCCUCAGUUUAGUCGAGCUGGUAUUGGCUGACAUUGAGGGUCUAUCUGUGCUCAGGUCAUUCCGAUUGGUGAGUAGGAAAAGUGGUGUGGAUUGGAAUGAGGGAGCGUAUUGAUAACCAUCUAUGACCCUGAUGUCCAGACAAUAUACCACAGGUGUGGUGAAGGGUUCACUCUGCAGCAGAGUUAGCUUGACUUGACUAAUGACCAAAUUCUCAUACAGUAUGAUCAACAUGUAUUGACAUCUAACCCCCCCCCCCCCCACACACACACACACACACCUCAAAUCUGUCUCUCCUCCCCUCCCUCCCUCUCUGUCUCUUAUCUAGCUGAGAGUGUUUAAGCUGGCCAAGUCGUGGCCCACACUCAACAUGCUCAUCAAAAUCAUUCAUUCUUCUGUGGGAGCCCUGGGAAACUUGACCUUGGUGCUGGCCCUUAUCGUCUUCAUCUUCGCCGUGGUUGGCAUGCAACUGUUUGGAAAGAACUACAAGGACUGUGUUUGUAAGAUCGCUAUAAGCUGUAAGCUGCCCCGUUGGCACAUGAACGACUUCUUUCACUCAUUUCUCAUGGUGUUUCGGGUUCUGUGCGGGGAGUGGAUCGAAUCCAUGUGGGACUGCAUGGAGGUGGCCGGCCAGAACAUGUGCAUGAUCGUCUUCUUGAUGGUCAUGGUCAUAGGCAACUUGGUGGUAAGAAAAACAACCAUUGAAAUAUCCAUAUUCGAGUAGCAGUUUCUUGCAUACCCUACCUGUGAAGAUCAGGCCUUCACUUAGUGAAUUGGAAGCAAGUAGCAUUUCUGCAUCCACAUCCACGUGUAACAAUGGUUUGUGCAUUAUAAUUUUGGUCUGGUUAAGCCUGAUAUCAGUUAGUUUGCAGUUAGUGACACAUCUGCUAAGACCUGCUCUCUGUGCACGGCCCUCUCCCCAGGUGUUGAACCUGUUCCUUGCUUUGUUGCUGAGCUCGUUCAGCGCAGACAACCUGGCACCCUCAGACGAUGAUGGAGAACAGAACAACCUGCAAAUAGCCGUCGGUCGAAUAAAGACGGGGAUUGCCUGGGCCAAGGUCUUUGUAGCCGAGGUUAUGAAGAAGGUAUGCUGUGAUGGCAUGUCCUCUAUGUUAUGUUAUGUAUGACAUCACUCUGAUGUCAUUGUUGUGUUGUUUCUGUGUUGUUUUAACAACACCAAGACAAACUCUUUCACAAUGUACUUGAACGUCAGUAUUUGUUUCCUGACUGAUUUUAAAUCUGAUUCUGAUUGCAAGGAGGAGGAAGAAGCAGAGGAUGAGCAGAAGCAUCUUGAUGAGUUUGACGAGAAGCUUAACUGCAUCGCGAACCAGAAGGGCAUAGACAUCAACCGCGAGUUGGACUACAUCAAUGGCACUACCAGCGGUAUUGGCAGUAGCGUGGGCAAGUACAUGAUCGACGAGGACCACAUGUCCUUCAUCCACAAUCCCAACCUGACCGUGUGCGUUCCCAUUGCGGUCGGGGAGUCAGACUUCGAUAACCUCAACACCGAGGACUUCAGCAGCGAGUCGGAUGCGGAGAACAGCAAAGACGUGAGUAUGGAGGAAUGGGUGUGAUAAAUUAUUUCUAUGCUAUUUAAAUAUAGAAAUGUAUACUUUUGGUUGGGCCGUGGGGUAUAUAAGAGGGGAGGUGGGUGGUUGAGGAAGGUGGUUAAUCGGAAAAUGGGAAGGGGUGUUUUUGGUGCUUGAUUAGGUGGAAGGUUUGACAGAGUUCUGUUGGAGGUUUAAGAUAAGUUGUUAAUUGAGUUGUUGAGACUUUGUCAAAUAUAGCAUCCACUCCUCUAAGAUUGCUCAUACUUCUGACUUCUUAUAUGUUUUUUGUAGGUUUUCACAGAAUCUAAAUGCAUUAGCUGAAUAUGUCUUCCCUACAUAGCCACAAAAGUGUGACACAUUCAUAUUUCUCAAAAACAACUUUAUUUCAAAGGAGUACCAUACUGCACAUGUGCAGUUUGUUGCAGCUCGUUAACUUGAGAUGAUCACGUGUUUCUACGUAGCUUGGUGGCCAUGACACUGCUAGCUAGCGUGAUCAAGGGUUUGUAUUGGAAUGGCCGUUAGAAAUGUCUCUUUCUGUAUAGAACCUCUUUGAUUUAGCUAUAUCUCACCUAACUAAACAUGUUUCAUAGCUAAACCAACAAGCUAGUUAGCUAACUAGCACAACUAACACAAUGUAUUUUGCAAACCUAGAUAGCUAGGUACUGAAACAAAUGCAACGGAUCUGUAACUCAAAUCAGAAAUCACAACAGGAUUAGCUUAUACCAAUCAAAAGAUAGUUAUUUUAGUAAUCGCAUCGUCUUUCACAAGUUGAACCGUGGCUAAUGUGUUUGCCUUUAUCCGUCACCGGCUCUCCUGAUGAGUAGAAGGAGGUAAUGUAUAUGCUUUUGUUAGCAAAUGCAAGCUACAAUAUGCCAAUGAUGAGACUGUGACCAUAGAAAAAUAACUCCUAGAAGUGGAAUAGCCUCUCAAACCAUGGCAAUUUGACGGCCCCUUGUGGGUACACUCAAUAUGGCUGACAUUGUAUGCUUAAUUGCCACGUUAACAUGGAAUGUUCAUUAAAAUGAUGCUGUGGCUUUAUAAUGUCAAUUGUGUUGACUGUUAAUAAAGCACAAAUUGAAUGCUGUACUUCCAGCUUUAUUUUCUGAUCAUGGGUACUCUAAAAAUGUCCGCCGGUCUACCCAUCACCGACCCAUUGACUUGAAUAGGGUUGUCCGUUCUAUGAAUUAUAUUUCUAUGACUGACUUUGAAGGUAAUGUACAGCUACAUUUAUGUUAGCUAAUACAAGCUGCAAUACGGUAGUGAUGAGAAAGAAUGACUUUGUGACUAAAUAGGAUUUAGCAAGGUGUGCCAACAAAGUGCUUACCUUCACAUGCGCAUCUUCUAAUGGUUAACUAGAAAUAGUUAACACGCUCCAGAAAACAAAUCAAUCCCAGGAAAAAUGUAUUCCUUAUAGCAAAACAUUAUGCCUCAAGCUUAUUAGUGUGCUUGAUCCCACUACUAACCAGGGGUUGGAACCAAAAUUAUUUUCCAAUCGUUUCAUUCUGAACAGAACCAUUAUUUAUUUCAUUCCGCUCCACUGUUCCGACCAGCAAAAUAAAGUUCUGAACCAGUUCGAACCAAAAAAAAAGUACCAGUUUCUAUCGUUCCUUUCUAUUCCUUUUUAAACCUCUGAAACUGUCAUUUGUUUUACAUUUAGCAUAUAUAUAUAUAAAUAAACAAGUAUUUUUUCACAAAAAUAGUGCACUGGGCCUUUACUAGUCCUGUAUUAGUACAGGGAAAUGUUUUCUUCAGCACCAUGUUUGUAACGUCGGCAGUAGGCUACAGUAACCUAUGCUUCAGAGGGGAGGGGCAGAUAGCCUACACACAAGUACACCCACUGGCAAAGAUUUCCAGCUGGCAGGCAGACGCUGGAAUACGUUUCUGAGUGGCAGUGAGGGCUUUGCAUUUAUGCUUUGUUGCGAUUUUUGUGGGACUGGAAAAAAUUGCCAGAACGUAAAAUAACGUUAUUAACCGGUUCCCAUGCUUUUAAAAUAACGGUUCUGUUCCGGAACAGUAUAGAUCACUUUAGUUUCAGGUUAGGGUUCUGUUCCUCAAAUAAUUUCAUUAUUUUCUGGUCCAACCCUUGCUACUAACCACUAUUGUUAUCCAGCAUUUUCAUUUUAAUUAAUGUGCUUGCUUCAGCAAGACCACUUCUGUUAAAUAGCUGAUGCAAUCGCUCACAUUUUCUUCAGGAAAUGUUCCUUUUCUAGUUAUAGCAUGAUGCUUUGCAGAGUAGCCAAAUACAGCGCCUUCAGAAAGUGUUUAUACCGCUUGACUUAUUCCACAUUUUGUUGUGUUACUGCCUGAAUUCAACCAUAUUUUCUCACCCAUCUACACAAAAUACCCCAUAAUGACAAAGUAAAAACAUGUUUAUAGAAAUGUUUGCAUAUCUAUUGAAAAUGAAAUUCAGAAAUAUCUCAUUUAUAUAAGUAUUCACACCCCUGAGUCAGUACAUGUUAGAAUCAUCUUUGGCAGCGAUUACAGCUGUGUGUCUUUCUGGGUAAGUCUCUAAGAGCUUUGCACACCUGGAUUGUACAAUAUUUGCACUUCUUUUAUUUAUUUUUAUUCCUCAAGUUCUGUCAAGUUGACAGCCAUUUUCAAGUCUUGCCAUAGAUUUUCAAGCCGAUUUAAGUCAAACUUGUAACUAGGCCACUCAGGAACAUUCAGUGUCAUCUUGGUAAGCAACUCCAGUGUAUAUUUGGCCUUGUGUUUUAGGUUAUUGUCCUCCUAAAAGGUGAAUUUGUCUCCCAGUGUCUGUUUGGAAAGCAGACUGAACCAGGUUUUCCUCUAGGAUUUUGCCUGUGCUUAGCUCUAUUCCAUUUAUUUGUAUCAUUAAAAAAAACUCCCUAGUCCUUGCUGAUGACAAGCAUACCCAUAACAUGAUUCAGCCACCACCAUGCUUGAAAAUAUGAAGAGUGGUACUCAGUGAUGUGUUGGAUUUUCCCCAAACACAACGCUUUGUAUUCAGGACAUAAAGUACAUUUCUUUGCCACAUCUUUUGCAGUUUUACUUUAGUGCUUUAUUGCAAACAGAAACCAUAUUUAGGAAUAUUUGUAUUCUGUACAUGCUUUCUUCUUUUCGCUCUGUCAUUUAGGUUAGUAUUGUGGAGUAACUACAAUGUUGUUGAUCCAUCCUCAGUUUUCUCCUAUCACAGCCAUUAAACUCUGUAACUGUUUUAAAGUCACCAUUGGCCUCAUGGUGAAAUCCCUGAGCGGUUUGCUUCCUCUCUAGUAACUGAGUUAGGAAGGACGCCUGUAACUUUGUAGUGAGUGGGUGUAUUGAUACACCAUCCAAAGUGUAAAUAAUAACUUCACCAUGCUCAAAGGGAUAUUCAGUGUCUCCCUUUUUUUUUUUUUACCCAUCUACCAAUAGGUGCCCUUUUUCACGAGGCAUUGGAAAACCUCCCUGGUCUUUGUGGUUGAAUUGGUGUUUGAAAUGUACUGCUCGACUAAGGGGCCUUACAGAUAAUUGUAUGUGUGGGGUACAGAGAUGGUACAAAUUAUUAUGUGACUUGUUAAGCAAAUUCUUGCUCCUGAACUUAUUUAGGUUUGCCAUAACAAAGGGGUUGAAUACUUUUCAGCUUUUCAUUUUUUAUUAACUUGUAAACAUUAAAAAAAGAACAAUUCCACUUUGACAUUAUGGGGUAUGAUCUCAAUUGUAGCCAUUUUAAAUUCAGGCUGUAACACAAGAAAAUGUGGAAAAAGUAAAGGGGUGUGAAUACUUUCUGAAGGCACUGUAUAUGCUGAGGCUCUUGAGAUUGCAGUCUUAAUGUAGUGGAUGAUGUAACGGCUUAAAGUGCAUUUGUGUGUAUAUGUGUGUGUAUGCAAUGUGUGUCUUUUUAAUCCACUCAUCAACACUGGACUGAGCGGUGAAUAGAGAACGGUGAACACAGAGGGGCGAACACAGGAGACCGGCAGAUGACCUGACGUUUCAGAAAAUGUGUUUAGACAUGGCAGUACCACUGAAUCUGCAGACUGACAGACAGACAGACUGACGGACACUGCUUUGUGUAUGUCAACGUGUGGGAAAGGUCCUUCUCACUCGUACAGUAUGUGGAUAUGUUGUGGAGCGUUGAUGCUUGGGUCACCUUGACCUGGUUUGCAGAGGGAAGUUAUGCAGCAGCUCCAAUACCUGUACCAGAUCCCCAGUCUUCUCCCCUACCUGUCUCCACCAACCACACGGCAGGCUAUCCUGCAGCUAAGCCUGUCACAGCCCAGCCCUGCAGCGAUUGGACGGACACAGAGCCCCUGUCAGCCAGUCAGCGAUCUGUCUGUCUGUUUGUGAUACUGGAGAAAGAGAGCAAGAGAGAGGGGGAGAGAGAGACUCUGUGUGAGAGUAAGAGAGAGAAGCACAGUCUUUCUGCUGACGAUUCAGGAUUCUAAAGUGAAGCGUCAUUCAUCCGUGAAUUGGAUUGGCUCUGUGUGUGUGUGUGUGUGUGUGUGUGUGUGUGUGCGUGCAUGCGUGUGUUUCCUAGUUCACCUUGACUUACUGUUCAGCUUUAAGAUGAUUUAUUAGGUUGGCUAGACCAGGCAUAUGUCUGUUUAAACGUCUCUACCUAAACAUGCUGGUCGAAAUCAGCCUCAAUAUAUUUACAUUUUAGGCCUGUCAUAGGCCUAUGUGUUGAAUCAUCUCUCCAUAACUGUUUCACUGUAAUCAUAUCAAAUAAUACUUUGGUAACGGUCGUCGUUUGUAGCUGGACUGUUGUAUUUAAGAAUUUCUUCUGAGAGUCUGUGAGUAUCUUUACCAUGAGACAUGAAUUAAAAAGCCCAGGCCUAUGAUCCUUCCCCCACCUCACUUUAAUUUACAUUUUACAUUUUAGUCAUUUAGCAGACGCUCUUAUCCAGAGCGACUUACAGAUAGUGAGUGCAUACAUUUUUCAUACUGGCCCCUCUUGAUUGCCAUAUGUGUUUUAUCCUGUGCAUUGAGUAAAAGCUUUUACCACUGGAUCUAAUGCUCUAGUCUAUUUACAUAAAGAUACCUAGAAACAAAUCAUGCAUCACUGUCAAUUCUGCAUAUGCAUAUUUAUCAGUGACCAGCCCUAAUAAUGUAAUCAAUCAGCAGCCAAGGUUAAUGACUAGCUGGUCAAUGUUGCUAUUAAUAAUACUCACUUCAGGGCAAAUAGACAAGGUUACCCACACAUCCAUGGUCGGAAUGUAAGAGAAUGUGUUAAAAAUGCAGACAACACGUAGCAUCUAACCUCCAACUGCAACACAGAGUUUUUCCUGGUUAGGUUACGUGGCCCUUAAAUCAUUAUACCUAUGAGGUAUCCACAGAAAGGGUGAGCGGGUGACUAGUGGAUGCUUUUGUAGGCAGUGGGUACCACUGUGCAGUAUCUUUGUACAUACUAGCUCAUAACACCACAUAAUGUUCUGUGAUGUUAGGAGUUUGAUUUGAGGUUCCUCCCUUCCUCUCUCCUGUUUCUGUCUGACCCUCUCUCCUGUUGUCUGCCUCAGCUGGAUGACACUAGCUCUUCGGAGGGCAGCACCAUAGACAUCAAGCCUGAUGUGGAGGAGGUGGUGGUGGUGGAGGUUGUGGAGGAGUUCCUGGACCCAGAUGCCUGCUGGACAGAUGGUAACUAAGAACCCACAGAGAGACACAGGGCUCAGUCUGGCCACAAUAGCACUUAUUGGCCAUGCCAAGUGUGGGUCUGUGAGUGUUUGUCAUCAUCUUCAGUUUGUAUGGCAUAAUGAGGCCAUUUUAUGUGUGUGUGUAGUCAAUAGUGUGUACAUGUACUAAACGUGUUUGUCUGUAUCAUUAACAGUGAGUGUGUGUGUGUGUGUGUGCCCUCUUAUCCAGAAUGCGUUGCCAAGUAUACGUUUUUGUACUUGCCCAUCGAUCAUGGCUGGGGGAAGCACUGGUGGUUCCUGAGGAAGACAAGCUACCUGAUCGUGGAGCAUAACUGGUUUGAGACGGUCAUCAUCUUCAUGAUCCUUCUCAGUAGCGGGGCGUUGGUAAGAACGCACACACACACGUUUGUUUUACUAUCCUUCUGGGGACCAAACAAUUGAUUCCCAUUCAAAAUCCUAUUUUUCCAAACCCUAAACCUAACCCUAAUCCUUAACCUAAACCUAACCCUAACUCCUAAACCUAACCCUAACUCUAAUUCUAACCCUAGCCCUAAACCUAACCCCUAAGCCUUUUUCCUUGGGUGGACCUGUGAAAUGUCCCCACUUGUUUUACUAUCCUUGUGGGGACUUCUGGUUCCCACAAGGAUAGUAAAACAAAACACACACACACACACACACUAACAGUUUAGCUCAUACUGCACCAUUAAGUACUGUCUUACAGUAAACCGUAUCAGUUCUGACAGAAUGUACUGAAAUUGAAUAAUUAAAUAAUUAAAUAUUUUAUUCCCCCUUCUUGCAAAGUGUAAGUCUUAGAGAUAUCAUGCCUUUUGCCUUUCUUCUGCGACUGUUUGUGAUAUGAUUCUUGCUAAUGAGCAGCAAAGUUCUGUAAUGCAUUAACCUUUUAACCAAAGGAAUACAGCUUAGUUUGCAGCUUUCUGUGGGACUGUAGAACAAUGGUGAUUCAGAAUGCUUACAGUGCCUUCAGAAAGUAUUCACACCCCUUGAUUUUUUCCACAUUUUGUUGUGUUACAAGGUGGGAUAAAAAUUGAUUUAAUUGUCAUUUUUUGUCAAUGAUCUAAACAAAAUGUGUUUUCCUACCAUUUGUAAAAAUUUAUGAAAAAUAAAACACUAAUACAGUGGGGAAAAAAUGUAUUUAGUCAGCCACCAAUUGUGCAAGUUCUCCCACUUAAAAAGAUGAGAGAGGCCUGUAAUUUUCAUCAUAGGUACACGUCAACUAUGACAGACAAAAUGAGGAAAAAAAAUCCUGAAAAUCACAUUGUAGGAUUUUCUAUGAAUUUAUUUGCAAAUUAUGGUGGAAAAUAAGUAUUUGGUCAAUAACAAAAGUUUCUCAAUACUUUGUUAUAUACCCUUUGUUGGCAAUGACACAGGUCAAACGUUUUCUGUAAGUCUUCACAAGGUUGUCACACACUGUUGCUGGUAUUUUGGCCCAUUCCUCCAUGCAGAUCUCCUCUAGAGCAGUGAUGUUUUGGGGCUGUCGCUGGGCAACACAGACUUUCAACCCCCUCCAAAGAUUUUCUAUGGGGUUGAGAUCUGGAGACUGGCUAGGCCACUCCAGGACCUUGAAAUGCUUCGUACGAAGCCACUCCUUCGUUGCCCGGGUGGUGUGUUUGGGAUCAUUGUCAUGCUGAAAGACCCAGCCACGUUUCAUCUUCAAUGCCCUUGCUGACGGAAGGAGGUUUUCACUCAAAAUCUCACGAUACAUGGCCCCAUUCAUUCUUUCCUUUACACGGAUCAGUCGUCCUGGUCCCUUUGCAGAAAAACAGCCCCAAAGCAUGAUGUUUCCACCCCCAUGCUUCACAGUAGGUAUGGUGUUCUUUGGAUGCAACUCAGCAUUCUUUGUCCUCCAAACACGACGAGUUGAGUUUUUACCAAAAAGUUAUAUUUUGGUUUCAUAUGACAUUCUCCCAAUCCUCUUCUGGAUCAUCCAAAUGCACUCUAGCAAUCUUCAGACGGGCCUGGACAUGUACUGGCUUAAGCAGGGGGACACGUCUUGCACUGCAGGAUUUGAGUCCCUGGCGGCGUAGUGUGUUACUGAUGGUAGGCUUUGUUACUUUGGUCCCAGCUCUCUGCAGGUCAUUCACUAGGUCCCCCCGUGUGGUUCUGGGAUUUUUGCUCACCGUUCUUGUGAUCAUUUUGACCCCAUGGGGUGAGAUCUUGCGUGGAGCCCCAGAUCGAGGGAGAUUAUCAGUGGUCUUGUAUGUCUUCCAUUUCCUAAUAAUUGCUCCCACAGUUGAUUUCUUCAAACCAAGCUGCUUACCUAUUGCAGAUUCAGUCUUCCCAGCCUGGUGCAGGUCUACAAUUUUGUUUCUGGUGUCCUUUGACAGCUCUUUGGUCUUGGCCAUAGUGGAGUUUGGAGUGUGACUGUUUGAGGUUGUGAACAGGUGUAUUUUAUACUGAUAACAAGUUCAAACAGGUGCCAUUAAUACAGGUAACAAGUGGAGGACAGAGGAGCCUCUUAAAGAAGAAGUUACAGGUCUGUCAGAGCCAGAAAUCUUGCUUGUUUGUAGGUGACCAAAUACUUAUUUUCCACCAUAAUUUGCAAAUAAAUUCAUAAAAAAUCCUACAAUGUGAUUUUCUGGAUUUUUUUUCCUUAUUUUGUCUGUCAUAGUUGACGUGUACCUAUGAUGAAAAUUACAGGCCUCUGUCAUCUUUUUAAGUGGGAGAACUUGCACAAUUGGUGGCUGACUAAAUACUUUUUUUCCCCACUGUAGGUAUUCAACCCCCUGAGUCAAUACAUGUUAGAAUCACCAUUGGCAGUGAUUACAGCUGUGAGUCUUUCUGGGUAAGUCUCUAAGAGCUUUGCACACCUGGAUUGUACAAUAUUUGCAUUUAUUAUUUUAAAAAUUAUUCAAGCUUUGUCAAGUUGGUUAUUGAUUAAUGCUAGACAUACAUUUUCAUGUCGUGCUAUAGAUUUUCAAGCAGAUUUAAGUCAAAACUGUAACUAGGCCACUCAGGAAUAUUCAAUGUCGUCUAAGCAACUCCAGUGUAUAUUUGGCCUUGUGUUUUAGGUUAUUGUCCUGCUGAUAGGUGAAUUGGUCUCCCAGUGUCUGUUGUAAAGCAGACUGAACCAUGUUUUCCUCUAGGAUUUUGCCUAUGCUUAGCUCUAUUCCGUUUAUUUUUAUCCCCCCAAAAAACUCCCUAGUCCUUGCUGAUGACAAGCAUACCCAUAACAUGAUGCAGCCACCACCAUGCUUGAAAAUAUGAAGAGAGGUACACAGUGAUGUGUUGUGUUGGAUUUGCCUCAAACAUAACCGUUUGUAUUCAGGACAUAAAUUGAAUUUCUUUGACACAUUUUUUGCUUUUUUACUUUAGUGCCUUAUUGCAAACAGGAUGCAUGUUCUGGAAUACUUUUUUUCUGUACAAGCUUCCUUCUUUUCACUCUGUCAUUUAGGUUAGUAUUGCGGAGUAACUACAAUGUUGUUGAUACAUCCUCAGUUUUCUCCUAUCACAGCCAUUAAACUCUGUAACUGUUUUAAAGUCACCAUUGGCCUCAUGAUGAAAUCCCUGAGCGGUUCGCUUCCUCUCCGGCAACUGAGUUAGGAAGGACGCCUGUAUCUUUGUAGUGACUGGGUGUAUUAAUACACCAUCCAAAGCGUAUUUAAUAACUUCACCAUGCUCAAAGGGAUAUUCAAUGUCUACUUUUAUUUAUCUUUACCCAUCUACCAAUAGGUGCCCUUCUUUGCGAGGCAUUGGAAAAUCUUCCUGGUCAUUGUGGUUGAAUCUGUGUUUGAAAUUCACUGCUCGAUUGAGAGACGUAGAGAUAAUUGUAUGUGUGGGGUACAGAGAUGAGAUAGUCCUUCAAAAAUCAUGUUAAACACUAUUAUUGUGCACAGAGUGAGUCCAUGCAACAUAUUAUGUGACGUGUUAAGCACAUUUUUACUCCUGCACUUACAGUUGAAGUCAGAAGUUACAUACACUUAGGUUGGAGUCAUUAAAACUAGAUUUUUCAACCACUCCACAAAUUUCUUGUUAACAAAUUAUAGUUUUGGCAAGUCGGUUAGGACAUCUACUUUGUGCAUGACACAAGUAAUAUUUCCAACAAUUGUUUACAGACAGAUUAUUUCACUUAUAAUUCACUGUAUCACAAUUCCAGUGGGUCAGAAAUGUACAUACACUAAGUUGACUGUGCCUUUAAACAGCUUGGAAAAUUCCAGAAAAUGAUGUCAUGGCUUUAGAAGCUUCUGAUAGGCUAAUUGACAUCAUUUGACUUAAUUGGAUGUGGAUGUAUUUGAAGGCCUACCUUCAAACUCAGUGCCUCUUUACUUGUCAUCAUGGGAAAAUCAAAAGAAAUCAGCCAAGACCUCAGAAAACAAAUGGUAGACCUCUACAAGUCUGGUUCAUUCUUGGGAGCAAUUUCCAAACGCCUGAAGGUACCACGUUCAUCUGUACAAAAAAUAGUACGCAAGUAUAAACACCAUGGGACCAGGCAGCCGCCAUACCGCUCAGGAAGGAGACGCGUUCUGUCUCCUAGAGAUGAAAAGGUGCAAAAAGUGCAAAUCAAUCCCAGAACAACAGCAAAGGACCUUGUGAAGAUGCUGGAUGAAACAGGUACAAAAGUAUCUAUAUCCACAGUAAAACGAGUCCUAUAUCGACAUAACCUGAAAGGCCGCUCAGCAAGGAAGAAGCCACUGCUCCAAAACCGCCAUAAAAAAGCCAGACUACGGUUUGCAACUGCACAUGGGGACAAAGAUCAUACUUUUUGGAGAAAUGUCCUCUGGUCUGAUGAAACAAAAAUAGAACUGUUUGGCCAUAAUGACCAUCGUUAUGUUUCGAGGAAAAAGGGGGUGGCUUGCAAGCCGAAGAACACCAUACCAACCGUGAAGCACGGGGGUGGCAGCAUCAUGCUGUGGGGGUGCUUUGCUGGAUGAGGGACUGGUGCACUUCACAAAAUAGAUGGCAUCAUGAGGAUGGAAAAUGAUGUGGAUAUAUUGAAGCAACAUGUCAAGACAUCAGUCAGGAAGUUAAAGCUUGGUCGCAAAUGGGUCUUCCAAAUGGACAAUGACCCCAAGCAUACUUCCAAAGUUGUGGCAAAAUGGCUUAAGGACAACAAAGUCAAGGUAUUGGAGUGGCCAUCACAAAGCCCUGACCUCAAUCCUAUAGAACAUUUGUGGGCAGAACUGACAAGUGUGUACGAGCAAGGAGGCCUACAAACCUGACUCAGUUACACCAGCUCUGUCAGGAGGAAUGGGCCAAAAUUCACCCAACUUAUUGUGGGAAGCUUAUGGAAGGCUACCUGACACGUUUGACCCAAGUUAAACAAUUUAAAGGCAAUGCUACCAAAUACUAAUUGAGUGUAUGUAAACUUCUGACCCACCGGGAAUGUGAUGAAAGAAAUACAAGCUGAAAUAAAUCAUUCUCUCUACUGUUAUUCUGACAUUUCACAUUCUUAAAAUAAAGUGGUGAUCCUAAUUGACCUAAGACAGGGAAUUUUUACUAGGAUUAAAUGUCAGGAAUUGUGAAAAACUGAGUUUAAAUGUAUUUGGCGAAGGUGUAUGUAAACUUCCGACUUCAACUGUAGGCUUGCGAUAACAAAGGGGUUGACUACUUACUGACUCAAGACAUUUCAGCUUUUCAUUUUUAAUUAAUUUGUAAACAUUUCUAAAAACAUAAUUCCACUUUGACUUUAUGGUGUAUUGUGUGAAGGCCAGUGACACAAAAUCUCAACACAACACAAUGUGGAAAAAGAGUGUGAAUAUUUUCUGAAGUGAACAUUUUCACACCCAUUGACUUUUUCCACAUUUUGUUGUGUUAUAGCCUGAAUUUAAAAUCGAUUAAAUGUAGAUUUUUUUUGUCACUGGCCUACACACAAUAACCCAUAGUGUCAAAGUGGAAUGAUGUUUUUCUGAAUUUUUUUAAAUGAAUUAAAAAUGAAAAGUUGAAAUGUCUUGAGUCAAUAAGUAUUCAACUCAUUUGUUAUAUACCCCACACAUACAAUUAUGUGUAAGGUCCCUCAGUCAAGCAGUGAAUUUCAAACACAGAUUCAACCACAAAGAUCGGGACUUUUUCCAAUGCCACGCAAAGAAGGGCACCUAUUGGUAGAUGGGUAAAUAUUUAAAAGCAGACAUUGAAUAUCCCUUUGAGCAUGGUGAAGUUAUUAAUUAACCUUUGGAUAGUGUAUCGAUACAGGCGUCCUUCCUAACUCAGUUGUUGGAGAGGUAGGAAACUGCUCAGGGAUUUCCCCAUUAGGCCAAUGGUGACUUUAAAACAGUUACAGAGUUUAAUGGCUGUGAAAGGAGAAAACUGAGGAUAGCUCAACAACAUUGUAUUACUCCACAAUACUAACCUUAUUGACAGAGUGAAAAGAAGGAAGCCUGUACAGAAUAAAAAAAUUCCAAAACAUGCAUCCAGUUUUAAAACAAAGCACUAAAGUAAUACUGCAAAAAAUGUGGUAACGCAAUUAACUUUUUGUCCUGAACACAAAGUGUUAUGUUCGAGGCAAAUCCAAUACAACACAGUACUGAGUACCACUCUCAAUUCUUUUGACUUCCUUACCAAGAAGACAGUGAAUGUUCCUGAUUUGCUGAGUUACUGUUUUUACUUAAAUUUGCUUGAAAAUCUAUGGCAAGACCAGAAAAUGGUUGUCUAGCAAUGAUCAACAACCAAUUUGACAGAGCUUGAAGAAUUUUUAAAAUAAUAAUGGGUCAAUAUUGUACAAUCCAGGUGUGCAAAGCUCUUAGAGACUUACCCAGAAAUACUCACAGCUGUAAUCGCUGCCAAAGGUGACUGUAAGAUUAAUUGACUUAGGGCUGUGAAUACUUAUGUAAAUGAGAUAUUUCUGUAUUUCAUUUUCAAUAAAUUUGCUAACAUUUGUAAAAACAUGUUUUCACUUUGUCAUUAUGGGGUAUUGUGUGUGGAUGGCUGAGAAAAAUAUUUUUAAUAAAUGUUGAAUUCAUGCUGUAACGACAAAAUGUGGAAUAUUUCAAGGUGUAUGAACACUUUCUGAAGGCACUGUAUGUGUUCAGGAAUGGACAGAGGGGAUAUAGAAUAGUGGAGCUGAGUGGACUAUUAACCCUACAGUACAGAGAGAACCUGUUCCAUCACUUACAGUAGCCUACCUCCUCUUUCACUGCUGUGGGCAGUGACUAUGUAAACACUGCACAUCCUGAGAGCAUUCAAUACAUUGUUGUAUGAGAGAGAACAACUAAAUUCACAUUCACAUAGUUUGCCAUGAACAUAGGGCAGUAUCAACGUUAGCACAGUUGAAUCCCAAGACAUUAGACGCAAUCAGUAAGAUUAUGUAGAGAAAACAAUACUGUAUAUAAAAAAGACAACGUAACACUUUUUGGAGGACUGAGACAGGAUGGUCUUUGCUAUUGUUCCCAAUUGCACCUUUAACACUAUAUACUGUCGUUUGCAGAAAAUUCAUAUUUCAACAGGAAAAGCAAACGUCAAAACUAUCUUUUAAACCAUAGAGAGGGCCACUCAGAGGCCUAAUCAUAAGACAAGACGUCCAGUCACGUCAGUGUUGUUAACCUGCUGGUGUUCUGUUGGCCCCUCCCCCCAGGCCUUUGAGGAUGUGUACAUAAAUAAGAGGAAGACCAUCAAGAUCAUCCUAGAGUACGCAGACAGCGUGUUCACCUAUAUCUUCAUCCUGGAGAUGGUGCUCAAAUGGGUGGCCUAUGGCUGGGUCAAAUACUUCACCAACGCCUGGUGUUGGCUGGACUUCUUCAUUGUGGAUGUAAGUAACUUCUCCAAUGGACUCUAUGUUACUUCCUGCCUCCUCUUAUGAUUUCCUUCCUCCAUCUUUCCAUCCUUUAUUCUAUUGUGCUGGUCUCUCUUUUAAUCUCUUUUUAUCUCUCUUGCUUUGUCUUCUUCAUGUUCUUCUUCUCUGGCUAUGUCUUUUAUGUAUCUUGCUCUCUCUCUGUCAGUCUUCGUUUUAUGAGAGAUGAUGAGCUUUGCUCUCAUCUUCCCAUGUUGGAUGCUGUUUCCCUUCAACCACACUGUAGUUGUAACCAGAUUACUCUUUGUUCCUGAUCUGAGACAACUUUGAUAAUAAGGGACUUGAAUAUUGAUUGCAGAUGCUGGGUUAUGGACAUGACAUCAAAUCAUUACCUAUUGACAUAGAACAUUUAGCAGGCAUAGCAAAACCCUCCCUUCUUCCCAUAAAUAUACUCUGUAUAGUAUGUAACUCAAACAUUUGCCAAUUCGACUGCUUCGUCAACAAAAUUCGACCAAUCAUUUAAGUGGAUUUUAUUUAAUUGAAUGCUCCACUUAGUCUCCAGCUGAAAUGUUGAAAAGCCUGGCAUCAUUCAUUGAUAUUAAGGCCUUUCCCGUUGUGUCUCUCUACCCUGUUUAACUAACUCUAUGGGCUAGUGUGUUAUCUGUUGCUGUUUAGUUGACCUAUCUUGUCGUUGCUGUGAGUGAACCGCUGUAAUAUGGAAUAUUACAGCCUGGAAUGGGAGGUGUGGUAUUAGCAGUGAGUCAACAAUGUGGUUUACAGUAGCACGUUACUACGUAAACAACAAAGGGGAUGGUAGGGGUGGGGGGUAGGGGUGACAGGCAGGACGGGAAAUGGGAUGGCGGGGACUGUCAACAAUUUUUAACAUUUAUAUAAGGUGUACAUUUCAAGAAAAAGUCAAAGAAAAAUGUUACGCUGUCCCCAUGGGACACAUCACAAUGCCAUACAAGCUCUCUUCGGUUCUGGUGUUGCAAUGUGGGGGGUUUUCAUCCAGUGUUGCUUUGCCCAGUAACAUUUUUCUACUGUUAUGUAAAGAAGGCUGUGGUGUCUGUAUCUUCCCGUGUCUCUGGAAGAGCAAAUGUAAAGUUAUCUUUUGCCCUUGAUUUGUCCUGUUGGAUGUGUUGUGUUGGGUCAUGUGAUGGAUGGUAAGUCAAGUCAUGACUUCUGAGUCAAACCUUAAACUCCAUUAUCAACUAAUGUCUUCUCAAUCCUGAUGGUUUGUGUAUGUGUUAAUGUCUGUGCUCGGUUUUGUGGGAGUGCGUGUGUGUGUGUGUUUGUGUGUGUUUGUUGGUAUUUGUGUGCCUGCCUGUGUAUUGUGGGUUACUCAGAAGGUGCAUGUCUCUCUCCUCAGUUUCUCCUUGCAGAGCCAGAGGAGGGAGGCAUGGCGGCCACUCCCCACCUUUACUACAGGGGGCAUCAAGCAGACAGAAGCUGAAGGUGACCAUCACCCCAAAGAGCAACGACAGUGUAGUAGCCUAGAGGACAGUGGAAGCUUUAGUGUGCCAUUAUAAAAGCCAGUGGACAUACAUGGACAAAGGCUGUGUGUAUAUGUGAUAGAGAUCAUUUUCUUUGAGAAAAAGAAACCCAUGGCAAAGAAGAGCAUAGUGUCAUAGGAAGUACUCAGUACAUUAUAGAUAUAGCUAAUGUACAUUUUCAUGACUGAGUGAAACUGAAAGAUCAGCUAUUUCUCAAAGACAGCCUUUGUCAACAGUUCCCAGAAGAGAAUAAGUCUGUCCCUUCAGAGCUGUAAUAAAGUAUAGUAUUUGUCAUUGGUAGACAUAUUUGCAAAUCCCUUUGAAUGAAACUGUCCCCUGUUUCUCAAUGCCCAUCUGACAGUCCAGAGUCCUAUGCCAUUUGAUGAGGAAUACAAACAGAGGAAGAUGUUUGCCCUUGACCCAAAUCCCCCCCUGCCAGUAUCACAUUAUCAUGGAUGGUCAUGGGAGACAGAGGGGAAGGGAGCUCAAGUUUUUUAACAGGCGUGGUGUCCCGUGCUCUCUGUGCCUCUUUGACUCAUUGUGCCUCUCUGUCCUGUAACUACUCUACCACUGUGUCAAACCACAUCUUGCGUCCCUUGCGUCACCUUAUGUAGGCUAUGGCUCCCUCAUGAGUUCCAUUUGUGGUCUAGAAUAGAACUAAAUGUGAGUAUGAGAUGGCUCAGGGAUGUGCACAUUCAACCUGUACCUUCUCUCGCAGGUACCUGUAACCGUGUCUCUCUUAAAAUUAAAAGGGGUGUUGUACUGCAGACGAGAGGGACUUGGCUUGGGGGCCGGUGGUUGAGGGGCCAGGGUAAGGUUCUUGUGGUUUUGUCUCGGGACUCUCCCUUUCACAGGUUGUCCUCUCUCCUACUCGUCCCCACUACCGCCCUCACCCUCCUGGCUCCCAUCUCCAUUCUUAUACUCAACUGGUACUUUGUGAAUUUUGUGAAUAUUGUACAUAUACUGUGUCUUGUGUCAUAUUAAGUGAAUUUUUGUGAACGCAUUUCUCCUCUCCAAUUUCCCAUUUGUUUGAUUCUGCUACCUCUUUUUCUCUCCACUUAUUUUCCCCCUAUUUCUCUGUCAACCACAAGUUUCUAACCAGGUAUACUAUAGAGCUUAUUUUCAAGCUUCACCUGCGUUACAAACUAAACCAAAACAACAAUCAAAAUUGGUCCAGUAGAGUCUAUCUCUCUGUUACCCUUUCUAACUGUUUGGACCCUCUCUCUUCCUUCUCUCUUCCUCUCUCUGUCUCUGUAUAGGUUUCUAUAAUCACUCUUAUAGCUAAUGCGAUGGGCUACUCCGAUCUAGGGCCCGUUAAAUCACUACGGACAUUGAGGGCCUUGAGGCCCCUUAGGGCCCUGUCUCGUUUUGAAGGGAUGAGGGUAAGAUCUAAAACACCAGGCAGCUGGUCCUUCUGCAUGUCCAUUCAACAGUUACAGCACCAAUGCAUGCUAUAAUGAACUAGACAAGAUGAUCAUGGACAGCACUCACCUCAACUUAGCUAACAUUUCCCCAGCCUAAUCCAAACCAACAUCCAAACGGAGAUUCAGGGAAAACAAAAAUCGGACAUUUAUUGAUUUAUCAAGAAGAGUCCCCACGCUUGUCUCAAAGCAGCACAAUGGCGCUGUCCCAAUCAAAACGGUGCUGAAAUUACCAUCUAGUUGACCACACGUGGGUAGGUAAUUGCUUCAAAUUAUUACAAGGAUUGGAUGACUUUGGGAGUUUCAGUAAGCAACAAUUUGAUAGGCCUACAUGCCUUCAAUUGCAUUAUCCUACUUUAUUCCAAUAUUUUCGUCAUUCAGUGAUAUUUAUUUACCACAGUAAGUAUUUAUGGAUCCAUCUAGUUGUGGUUAAGAAAACAGUUCAUGCUUAGUGGUGGGAGAUGCGGAGAGAUGGACAAAGUGGCAUGCCUUGCAAAGUUUAGAACUGGCAGGAGGAUGGUUAAUGUGCACUGCCUAGCAACCAUCAAGAGUUUAAGAGCGUAGUGCAUGCCAAAGCCACCUCAGCAUUACGGCUACGUUUCAUACUAAGCCGUAGGCAGAACUUUACCGAAAUGCUAGGUCGUUUGGCGGAAAUAAAAGUUUUGGCUUUGAUACCUGCAAGAGGCAAUGCCUUUGAGAUAUAAAGAAAAGGCAGAAAAAAGUUGGCGGUAUGAUAAAGUUGGCAGAAAAACGUCUUAGUAUGAAAGGGAUACAAGUUUAUUAUCAAUAUUUGCGCCUAAAGACUUUUCCACUCUCAUUUCUUGCAUUAUACAUUUUACAGACACAAAAAGAUCCCACCAUGUCAAACGGAACAAAUUAUCUGCAGACAUUUAUAAAAUUAUCAUAGCUGUCGUGAUUUUAUUUUAUACAGUAUGACUUUACUCGCAUUAAAACUGUGGAUGGAAAUGUGGUUAGUGACACGCCAUUUGCAUGAAAAUAUAUCAUUUCAGAAAGUCAUGGUGCAGCUGAUAAAAUAAGAAAGCAAUGAUUAUCUAAAAUAUGGAUUGAUAUAGUAUCAGUUUGAAAGGAAUUUCAGGUUAAUUGUAAUGAUAAAAUGUUGAUUGGUAAAAUGGCAAUAUGUUGCAAAGCUGCCUCAUUACAAUGUCAAAACAGAGUAGAGAUGUAGAACUUGUGAAAGAAGACUGGAGAAUGAAAUCACUCAUCCCAUAUGAAUGGUAUGUAAUUUUAUCCACUGAAAUUAGCAAUCUAUUGUACUUAAUUUAGAGCUCUCACUUUUACUAUCGAGGGCUUUCAAGCAAGAGAUCCUCCCUGUACCCUGUUCCUUCAACUACUGUUUCACGUGUCUCACUCUAACCUUCCAAUGUAACACAUGACUUACAAGAAUCACCCCAGAAAACAUGACCCUAUUGGACCCAUGUGGGUAUUCAGUGGGCAAGGUGUGCACGGGCUAGCCCACACCAAGCCCACACCAGCCCAACAUGGGCUAGCCCAGCACAGGCUAGCCCACACCAAGCCCACACCAGCCCAACAUGGGCUAGCCAUCACCAACCCAACAAAGGCUAGCCCACAUGAACCCCACACCAGCCCAACAUCACAGAGUUUUCAAACCCAGAGGCCCAACAGGACGAUAUUUUGACAGACCAGACCGGGGUUUGGGAUGUCAAUGAGAGAAGUGAAAAAUGUGUCCUUAGUUGUAAAAAUUCAAUUUCUAAAAAAGUAUUAAAGUAGCUGAACAUGUAAUUACUCCAACCUUGUGAAAGUGACAAACUGACAUGUUUUAAUUUUGAUCAAAACAACUUCAUAUCGAAGGAGUGUCUUUGAUUUGACGGCAUGCACAGUUCGGUGCGACCCGACUGUUAGACCCAAUGACGUGUUUCAGCACAUGAGCUUAGCUAGCUAACGUCGCCAUGACAUCGCCUACAAGUAUGAUCAGGGAUUUAUAUUGGAGAAGCAGUUUCUGGGCUUUUUCAUACUAAUCCAUCUUUAAUGACAUGGGCUAGCCAUCACCAGCACCAGCCCAACACAGGCUAGCCCACACCAAUCCCACACAUAGCCAAACACAGGCCAUCCUACACCAACCUAACACAGGCUAGCCCACACCAAGUCCACAUCAGCCCAACACAGGCCAGCCUACACCAGCCCAACACAGGCUAGCCCACAACAAACUCACACCAGCCCAGCAUGGGCUUUCCCACACCAAGCCCACACCAGCCCAACACGGGCUAGCCUGUGUUGGGCUGGUGUGGCUAGCCCGUGUGCACACCACACCUACAAAUAUUCUAAUGAGCCCCCACCUCUACAUUAUGAAGUAGCUGGUGUGGGCUAGCCCAUGCUGGGCUUGAUGUGGGCUAGCCUGUGUUGGGCCUGUGUAGGCUGGCCCACAGCAAGCUCAACAUCGGAAAUACAAAACAUGACAAGUAACAAAACACGGAUACACUAAUAGACACAGUCACACAAAUAAAAAAUACAACGAUGUACAAACAAUACGACAACAAAAAAUAUAAAAUUUAAAUGUAUGUGUGCGUUAGUGUGUCUGUGUGUGCGUUUGUGUGUGUGUCCCCUCACAGUUCCUGCCAUUCACGGUAAACGCUGCAUAUGUCGUCUCAAUCGGAAAUUACCUUUUAGUUUCUAUCCCGCAAUCUGUAAAGCUUCAGCGAUACAGAUUGAAUAGAGCCCUAAACCUCCAUAAUACAGGAUCAUUGUGCUAAUAUUUGACUGAUAAUGCCUGAAACAUUUACUCCAACAUGCAUGUAAUACACAUACACCAGAGAGCCAUGUUUCCCUUCUUGGCAACAGCAGUCGACAAUAACAGAAAAACAGAACAACAACCACUGACAAUAGUAGUAGUUUAUUUGUUAUUUUUACACUCACUUAUUGAUAAGGUACACUCAUAACAUCUUCAAAGAAUUUAGUAGGCUUAGUUACGAAGAGGGAACCAGGUCCAUCAUUACAUUAUUAUGAUAUCCAUUUAGUGAGGUUAACUCCCUAGUCUACUCAUCAAGGUAACUAAAUAGGUGUAGUUAUUGAGGUCAUUUGCCAUAAUCACUACACAUGAGGGAAACCUUCAGCAAAGUCCACUCAUCUCAGUUCUGACUGUCUUGUCAAGGUGGGAACAUGGCUCUGUAAAUGAUCCUGUAUGACUGUGCAUGCCAAGCUCAGCUCAGCUGUCUAAGAGCUGCUGGAUGUCCUGCAUUAAAACAUCAAAUGUACAGAGGAAUAGGAGGGGGGGGGCAUGGUUUGGGGAGAGGUGGAAGUGUCAGACGCUUUCCAGACGCUUUCCAUUGUACUGCUGUUGUGACAGAUUGGCCAGACAUUCUAUGGCUGAGAUAUGUGGAUAGGCCUACUCUCUUAGAAUUAGUGGAGUUCCUUAAGAAACCAUUGCUAGUCAAUGGUUCAUAUUUGCGCCUUUGGUUAUUCGAGGGGUUCUUGGAAUAACCUUUAAUGUUUCAAUGUAGCAAAGAGUUCCUGAAGAAACCCUGGACUGGAGGCAUGGCUUAGUAGGGGCAUGGCUUUCAGAUAUUUUUAGACCACCCGUAAGAGUAUAUGUAAUUCCAGGUCAUCUGAUCUAUUGUCAUCACCUUAUGGUGGAGCACUGACAGUUUUGUAACGUCAAUUAGGCUUAGAGAGAUCAUUCAAGAGCCUAUGCAAAUCCUAAAGUUGAAGCAGUUACCACUUUAUGUAAUCACCAAUGUUAAGAAAAAAUCAUUAUUGACUUGUUUACAUUUUCACAUUACAUCUAUCAUAAAUAAACUGUCAACAAAUGUCAAACUUUCAGGAACUCAAUAUACAUAAUUUACCGUUUGAAAGCAGUUAGAGUUAAUAAAGAUCAGUUGUGCAGGGUUGGGAUGGGUCCUUAAAAAAUAAGUCUCAUCCUGUUGUUCCGAACCCUGUUGGCCCCCAGAGGAGCCUCUCCCCAGGCGCCGCGGCGCAACCAGCCCGUUCAAGCCACCAGGACCGUGUGUGCAUGUGCGUGUUCAGUGUUCUGUCACCCUCCCUGAAUGGCACGUGCGACAUCCCAUCCUUGCGUCACUGCAGCCUGUAUUGCCGCGCCAGACACACCAGGAUGGACCUUGGCACUGGCUCGGCCAAGCAGAACAGACCAAACUGCGCAAGAUGUUGACGCAACGGACCCAUUAACUCAAAACCCUGCACAGUAGAUGAAAAAUAAGCUAUAGACAAGCCACAUGUGAGAACACACAUUCAACAGCCAAUACUGUGGUUAUCAAAGUUGAAAAAGGAUAGUGCUGCCUAAGGGUCUGACCCCCGUCUGCUUCUUUGCAUCAAACACAGAUGGUGAAUCCCAAACCACUCCCUACUAACUCGAUCGGCGGGCCCUCCGUUGUCAUGUGUUGCUGACACAACUCCGAGGGUAACUUCCAGAGAGUGGCGAAGUUAUCAAUAAACCCAUCAUCUUCGGAACACACUCCUGACUUGAAUGAUGCAAUUCAUGUUCCAUUUUUAAAUAAUGAAACGAGCCUGAAAUUCAAAUGAACAAAUCCCCUCUGUUGUUUUACAAGAUAUAGCCUAAACUUGAGUAACAAUUAAACAUUUAAUUUGGGAGGUAUUUCAUCUGUUACGUGUCAAGUCUCGAAAUCUGAAAAACAAAUGCACGUGACAUAUUAGGCACGCCUCCAUUCUUUUGUAUCUCCAAACAUAUUGCAGUGCGUGUCAGGAUAGCACUUCGCUGUGUAGCCUGCAGCCUUGCUGGCUCAGUUGAUGUGGCUAUCCGAGGGUCUAAUUAGCCCUUACCACUCAAUAAUUUUCACUCCCUCAGCUUUGGGACACUUGUGAAAAUGGCAGAGCCGUGUGAACGCGCAAAUGGAGGGGCGAGAGGAAGGGGGUGAUUUGGGAUUUAGCCAGCAAAAAAUUUAGAAAUCACACAUAAAUGGCAACAAUACAUUUUCGAGGGUUGGGUUUGGCUCUGGCUGCCUGCCUGCCAGGCGAUGCCCAUUCCCAUCCCCCACCCAUCCCCCACACAACCUCCACAGAAAUUGCAAGUUCUGCAGUACUGGUACUCCGGAAAGGAGUGGGCCAGUCCCCUGCACACCACCUGCUCAAGUCCUUUUGUUCUCCCGAUCUGGAAUACCUCACCGUCAAAUGCCGACCACAUUAUCUCCCGAGAUAAUUUUAUUUGAUCAUCGUCACUGCCUUGUAUAUUCCACCCCCCCCCCCUUUGAGAGGCAAGUUAAGGACCACCUUACCCAACACCCUAGACCCACUACAAUUCGCAUAUCGCCCCAACAGAUCCACAAACGACACAAUCAUCCUAUCCCACCUGGACAAGAGAAAUACCUAUGUAAGAACGCUGUUCAUCAACUUAGGCUUCAACAUCAUAGUGCCCUCCAAGCUCAUCACUAAGCUCAGGGCCUUGGGCCUGAACCUUUCCCUGUGCAACUGGGUCCUGGACUUCCUGACGGGCCAACCCCAAGUGGUGAAGGUAGGCAACUACACCUCCGCCACGCUGAUCCUCCCUGUUCACCCAUGACUGCGUGGCCACGCACGUCUCCAACUCAAUCAUCAAGUUUGCUGAUGACACAACAGUGGUAGGCCUGAAUACCAACAACUAUGAGACAGCCUACAGGGGGCGGUGAGAGCCCGGGCAGAGUGGUGCCAGGAAAAUAAUCUCUCCCUCAUACAGCAACAAAACGAAGGAGCUGAUCAUGGAUUACAGGAGACAGCAGAGAAAGCACACCCCCAUCCACAUCGACAGGGCUGCAGUGGAGAGGGUCAAACGCUUCAAGUUCCUCUGCGGCCACAUCACUAACAACCUGAAAUGCACCUAUAGUUCCCUCGACAGCCACUCCACCUGGUUGCCAAAAAACAAGAAGAAACAAAGGUAAAUCUGAACAAAAUACAAUAUUAACAAAAUUCUACUUAAAUCAAAAGGCACCCUUCUAACCACUUGAGCUUAGUCAAAAGGCAUCAAAUGAAUAUCAUCAUAUAAUAUUUAUGUAUGUUACAUAUUCCAAUAAAAUUGAAGUACAAACUUAACAAGAUCAACAAGAAUGACAUUUACUCUAAUGGGUGGCCAAAAAUAACUAUCUGAAAGCCACGCCUCCAAUAAGCCACAUCUCCAAUCUUAUAAUAGGCUGCCACCUCUUCAAUAUAUUAUUAAAAAGGUUCAAAAUUGAAACCUUCUCAUUAAAGAAAAUGCAGGUUUGAACCUUUACACAGGGAUUUCUUGAAGACUUUUCAGAGGGGUUCCUCAAGGAACAUUUUGACCUGGAAAGGUUCCACCGGCGUGGCAAUUUUUUAAACCUCAAAAGGUUAUUCUAGGCAUCUUUACUUCAAAGAGUGUAUAUGAUCUGCAAACUCAUUAUCAAUAGGUACACCUGAUUUAUGCAAAAAUGGGACCUCAAUCCCAGUAUUCACUGUGCUUCGCCGAUUUAACACCAGUACACCUCGUUGGUGAAAUCAGUUGCAUAUGAGUAAUAGCAACAUAUAAGGAAAUAGUCAAGAUAAAAAAGUACAAGGCGAUAGUCAAGAUAAACCAAACUGAUGUGCAACUCACGUAAGGUAUAUGACCAUUAUCUCUGAGAGGGAGUGGGUUUAUGUUUGAAUAUAUGUAUGAGUUGUAUCUCAUGCUGCUCCUGUUUCCCUGGUCACGUGUGUAGGUGGUGGUGAAUGCCUUGGUGGGAGCCAUCCCCUCCAUCAUGAAUGUGCUGCUGGUGUGCCUCAUCUUCUGGCUCAUCUUCAGUAUCAUGGGGGUAAACCUGUUUGCAGGGAAGUAUUAUUACUGCUUCAACGAGACCUCAGAGGAGAACUUUAAACCGGACGUUGUCAACAACAAGACAGAGUGCUUUGCACUAAUCAACGCAAAUUACAGUGAGGUCAGAUGGAAGAAUGUCAAGAUUAACUUUGACAAUGUGGCUGCAGGAUACCUGGCUCUUUUACAAGUGGUAAGUACAAGGUCUUUCCUAUUGAUGUUCUGACUUUUCACUCCUUUGGCCGCUUGCCCCUCUCAUUGUGGAGAAGGUCAAAGUUGAACGGUAGUUAGACUGCAGAAGUCAAUAAUCAUAUUUUUCAGUCAAUAGCUUCCUACUGUACCUCUAUCUCCUUCAUCUUGUAAUUUCACUCAUUCCUUUUCAACACCUCAUCCUAAUUUCCUUUAUUUCCACUUAACCUUAAUUCUUCUUCCUCACUUUUCUUUCCCCCUUUUUCUCUCAUGACUCUAUAUAUCCCCUCUCUCACAGGCCACAUUUAAAGGCUGGAUGGACAUAAUGUAUGCCGCCAUUGAUUCUCGGAAGGUAAGCCUGACAAUUGAGAUUUGUCUCCCUUUUGUUUGGUGAUCGGUAUUGUGUGAACAGAUGUAACAUGUUCCUGAAUAACCUACCAAUACUAACUUGUUGCGAAAGGGACUUUUAAACCUACGAAGGGGAAUGUAAUGAGGGAGAGUUUGGAGUUUGAAUGUGUUUUUCCUGUUCUCUGUAGGUGGAGGACCAGCCGAUCUAUGAAGACAACAUCUACAUGUAUAUCUACUUUGUUGCCUUCAUCAUCUUUGGCUCUUUCUUUACCCUCAAUCUCUUCAUUGGUGUCAUCAUUGACAACUUUAACCAGCAAAAGAAAAAGAUAAGACCUCUUUUCCUUAUUCAAGUUUCAAGUUUUAAUGUCACAUGCACAAGUACAGUGAAAUGCCUAUCUUGCAAACUCAAAACCCAACAAAAAAUACACAAUAAAGUAAGUAAGCAUACUAUAUACAGGACAUAUUUUUUUAAAAGUCAGUUCCAAUACCAUAUUUAUAAUGUGCAGGAAUAGUGGAGUGAUGGCCGUAGAUUAUGUAUAGGGGUAAGGGGACUAGGCAACAGGAUGUAAGAUAAACAGAGUAGCAGCAGCUUGUACAGUAUGUGAGUGGGUGUGUAUAAAUGUAUGUGCAUAUUAUGUGUGAGCAAGCAAAUUCCUUGGACCUGUUAAUAAGAUCAAACUAUACUGAACAAAGAUAUAAACGCAACAUGUAACAAUUUCAAAGACUUUACUGAGUUACAGUUUAUGUAAGGAAAUCAAGUCAAUUGAAAUAAAUUCAUUAGGCCCCAAUCUAUGGAUUUCACAGAUAUGUAUCUGUUGGUCACAGAUACCUUAAAAAAAAUGGGCCUCACAAUGGCCGCAGGAUCUCGUCACGGUAUCUCUGUGCAUUCAAACAGCCAUCGAUAAAAUGCAAUUGGGUUUGUUGUCCGUAGCUUAUGCCUGCCCAUACCAUAACCCCACCGCAACCAUUGGGCACUCUGUUCACAAUGUUGACAUCAGCAAACCACUUUCCCACCCGACGCAAUACACGAGGCCUGCGGUUGUGAGGCUGGUUAGACAUACUACUAAAUUCUCUAAAACGACAUUGGAAGCGGCUUAUGAUAGAGAAAUUAACAUUCAAUUCUUUGGCAACAGCUCUAGUGGACAUUCCUGCAGUCACUAUGCCAAUUGCACGCUCCCUCAAAACUUGAGACAUCUGUGACAUUGUGUUCUGUGGCAAAACUGCACAUUUUAGUGGCCUUUUAUUGUCCCCAGCACAAGGUGCAUCAGUGUAAUGAUCAUGCUGUUUAAUCAGCUUCUUGAUAUGCCACACCUGUCAUGUGGAUGGAUUAUCUUGGCAAAACAGAAAUGCUCACUAACGGGGAUGUAAACAAAUUUGUGCACAAAAUUUGAGAGAAAUAAGCAUUUUGUGCAUGUGGAACUUUUCUGGGAUAUUUUAUUUCAGCUCAUGAAACAUGGGACCAACACUUUACAUGUUGCAUUUAUAUUAUUGUUCAGUGUAGGUUAAGAACAAGUUCACCAAUUCUUUGGCUCAACAAGGUUGUAACCAGAUGUUUUCUUGUGUCAUUUUACUUUGGAGGUCAGGAUAUAUUCAUGACAGAGGAGCAGAAGAAAUACCACACUGCCAUGAAAAAACUUGGCUCAAAAAAACCACAAAAACCUAUACCAAGACCACUGGUGAGUCUCUUCCUUUUACCCAAGGGCUACUUUGGGGGAGGCGUAAAUUAGGCAUUUUCUCAUUAAGGUAACAUUCAAAAGACAUGUCGAAAACUAAACUUUACUAACCAACAGACUUUCAGAAUGUCCCCUAACCAAAUGUGCCUCGCUUUAAUUUGUUAAAUCUACUAACGUUUCUUUAUCCAUCCUCCGUUCCUUUCUCUAUUUUCUCUCAGAAUAACUUUCAGGGCCUGGUAUUUGACUUCGUGACGCAGCAGGUGUUUGAUAUAUCUAUUAUGAUGUUGAUCUGCCUCAACAUGGUGACCAUGAUGGUGGAGACGGACGCUCAGUCAGAAGAAACUGACAAUAUCCUCUACUGGGUCAACUUUGUCUUCAUUGUUAUUUUUACUACUGAGUUUGUGUUGAAACUCUUUGCCCUUCGCCACUACUACUUCACCAUUGGGUGGAACAUCUUUGACGUGGUCGUGGUCAUUCUCUCAAUUGUUGGUCAGUAGUGAUUUCAUCCCUUUCAAAUCAAAUCAAAUCAAAUGUUAUUGUUCACAUACACAUGUUUAGCAGAUGUUAUUGCGGGAGUAGCGAAAUGCUUGUGUUUCUAGCUCCGACAGUGCAGUAAUAUCUAACAAGUAAUAUUUAACAAUGUCAGAGCAAUUUCCUCCUACAUUCAGUUGCCUAUUGUCUUCCAUGCCUGGUAUUUGAUUGCUAGAACCUGAAUUGCCGUUUUAAUUCAAAGUACUAGAAAUGGGAUGCUCUAUUUUCUAUCAAAAAUCAUCUGUCUAGAAGUAUCACAUUAUUAGGACAUUUGAGGCCUGGGAAAGUGAGAUCAUGUGUUAACAUCUCCCCCUAGUGGCCCACCAGUCACAGGACAGUUUGUAUUAUUAUUAUUAUUAUUAUUAUUAUUAUUUAAAAAAUAUAUGUAUGACAGAAUGUUAUGGUUUUAAGGAAAGAUUGCAGAACAUAUCAGCAAUCAUACAUUUCUCCCUAUCCUCUUCUUUCUCUGUCUGCUUCUCUAUCCAGGCAUGUUCCUCGCAGAAAUCAUUGAGAAGUACUUUGUCUCUCCAACCCUCUUCAGGGUGAUCCGACUGGCCCGAAUCGGCAGAAUCCUGCGUCUGAUCAAAGGGGCCAAGGGCAUUCGGACUCUACUGUUUGCUCUGAUGAUGUCACUUCCUGCCCUGUUCAACAUCGGGUUGUUACUCUUCCUGGUUAUGUUCAUCUUCUCUAUUUUUGGCAUGUCUAACUUUGGCUAUGUCAAGCAUGGGGCAGGAAUCGACGACAUGUACAACUUUGAGACAUUUGGCAACAGCAUGAUCUGCCUGUUUAUGAUCACCACUUCUGCCGGCUGGGACGGUUUGUUGUUACCAAUCCUCAACUAUCCCCCAGACUGUGACCCACAACUGGAGAACCCAGGUGCACCAAAUACGGGUGACUGCGGCAACCCCUCGGUAGGAAUUUUCUUCUUUGUCAUGUACAUUAUCGUCUCCUUCCUAAUCGUGGUCAACAUGUACAUUGCCAUCAUCCUUGAGAACUUCGGCGUUGCAACUGAAGAGAGUGCCGACCCACUCAGCGAAGACGACUUCACGACCUUCUACGAAAUAUGGGAGAAGUUCGACCCAGACGCCUCGCAGUUCAUCACCUAUGGCAAGCUUGGUGACUUUGCGGACUACCUCGAGCACCCGCUCCGCGUUCCAAAGCCCAACACCAUCGAGCUGAUCUCCAUGGACUUGCCCAUGGUGAGCGGGGACCGGAUCCACUGCCUCGACAUUCUGUUUGCAUUCACCAAGCGGGUACUAGGCGAUACCGGAGAGCUGGACAUGCUAAGGGAUCAAAUGGAACAACGCUUUAUUGCGGCGAACCCGUCCAAAGUGUCUUAUGAGCCUAUUACCACUACUCUGAGGCGCAAGCAGGAGGACGUGUCGGCCAAAAUCAUACAGCAGGCCUACCGAAACUACCUGGCUAGACGCGGCUUCAAACGCAAGCGCAUACCUGCCAGUAACAAUAAUGUGAAGAAUGGGGGGACGAAUCCGGAAAAGGAAAAGAAGGAGGGCACGCCCUCCACUGCCUCUCUCCCCUCCUAUGACAGUGUCACCAAACCUGACAAGGAAAAACAGGAUGAGAAUGAAGGAAAGGGGGGGAAGAAGGAGGGCAGAAACCAAAAAGCUGUCAGGGAAUCUAAGUGUUAG